AGCUGCAGGACACUUAAACACCGUCACCAUGAAGCUGAGCUGUGUCCUCAUGGCUGGGGCCUUCUACUUCUCUCUUACUAUGCUCUGGACAGCUCAGAUACUACUGGCAGCUGGAUGUCACGCUGCAUCAUUUUCUGGUUCUUCUUGGGCCAUACCCUCUUCAGCUGCCAGUUUUGAGACGCUACAAUGUGAAAGACCUGUCAGGAGCCAGGACAGCAGCUGCCACACAGAUGAAGACUUGACAGGCCCAAGAGAAGUUGACUUCCAGCUCAAGGGAUACACUUUCAGUCAACCCUUCCAUCUGAUUGUGUCCUACGACUGGCUCAUCCUCCAAAGUCCAGUCAAGCCCAUAUUUGAAGGAGACCCACUGGUUCUGCGCUGCCAGGCUUGGCAAGACUGGCCACUGACCCAGGUCACCUUCUACCGAGAUGGCUCAGCCCUGGGUCCCCCUGGACCUAACAGGGAAUUCUCCAUCGCCGUGGCACAAGAAACAGACAGCGGGAACUACCACUGCAGUGGCGUCUUCAGGAGCCCUGGUCCUGGGAGCCCAGAAACGGCAUCUUCUGUGGCUAUCAUAGUCCAAGAACUGUUUCCAGCUCCAGCUCUCAGAGCCACACCCUCAACUGAACCCCAAGAGGGAGGCCCAGUGACCCUGAGCUGUCAGACAAAGCUGCCCCUGCAGAGGUCAGCCACCCGCCUCCUCUUCUCCUUCUACAAGGACAGUAAGACAGUGCGCAGCAGGGGCCUCUCCUCAGAAUUCCAGAUCCUCACAGCUUCAGAGGCACACUCUGGGUCCUACUGGUGUGAAGCAGCCACUGAGGGCAACCAAGUUUGGAAACAGAGCCCCAAGCUGGAGAUCAGGGUGCAGGGUCCCUCCAGCUCUGCUGCAUCCCCCACCUUGAAUCCAGCUUCUCAGAAAUCAGCUGCUCCAGAACCUACUCCUACAGAGCCCCGUGAGUCUCUGCCUCCACUGCCUACCCCUUCUUCUGAGGAUCCAGGCUUCUCCUCUCCUCUGCAGGUGAAAGAUCAGGAGGUAAUUGGGAAUUGGUAAAAGUCCAUAAAUAUCACUGCAGCCUGAGAGGAUUGAUUAACAACGGUAUGAACGAGAGUUGCAAGAAAUGACGACCAGAGGUAUGUCAUGACUUUGGUGGAUUUGAAAAAAUGGAAGCUCAAUUGCCAAUGGACAGUGCUGGAUGUACCUCCAAAGAUACUAUGUUAUAACCAUUCUACAUGGAGUUGAUUUCAGCUAAUGGUACCAUUUUCACGAAUGCAUCCUGCAAGCUCAUGCUAAACAGGGAAAUCAUGUACAGAUAAUAAAAGCUAUCAGAGAUCAGAAAAGGAAGAAACAGAAGCAGCAGGCUGAGAUAAGUGUCAACUCUGUACUCCUCAUCCAUGUGUCUGUGUGCACCUCUAUCAUGACAUUGCAUUUGAAUUUUUCAUUACCUUUUUCUGUUCAGUAGAGGGUGAGCUCUUUGAGAGCUCCUUGAGCUCUGUGUUCCACAUUGACUUUGACUCAUUGGUGUCCAGUUUAAUGAGGCAUAUUUAAGCUCUGAGUAAAUUUGUUUAAUUGAAUUGAGUUGGGUCAGCAUAAUAAGGGAAGGCAUCUUGAUGAAGAUGGGAAUUAAGCUGGACCUUAAAGAAUAAGUGGCAUGUCUGGCAUCAGCAAAAUCUCCAGACUCUGCCCAGGGGACCCAGCCUGGGUCAAGGACUUGGAAGCUUCAGGGAGAGGAUCUCCUAUCAUCAGGGAUGAGGAAGGCAAGAACAGAGCUGAAAGAAUGAGAGAGACAGAAAGAGAGGGGAGGAGGAGCUUUUACCUGUCUCCAUCUGUGUGUCUAGCCUGAGGAGGUUGGAAAGGGGGUGGGGAAGAGGAAUUGUUGUGCUGGACUUGGUUUUUGGUCUGUGCAGCUUAGGAGUCUGUAACCCACAGAGGUCCCAACGCAGCUGUGCUGGAUAUUGUCUCUGAAAUAAACAUUAGAUAGUAAGCAUGUCCAUUGUCUUGUAAAGUUGAAUACUUGCAUACCCUAUUACCCGGAAUUCCAUGCCUGGGUGUAUAUACCUACGAGAAAUUUUAGUAUAUGUGCACUGGAAGACAGGUAUAAUGAUGUUCACAAUAACAUUAUUUGUAAAAGCAAAACUUUGGAGUCAAUUCAGUUGUUCACCAACAGAAAAAUGGAUAAAUUGUGCUAUUUUUGUAGAAUGGAAUACAAAGCAACAGUAAAAAUGAAUGAAUCAUAGCUAAAAUGUAGCAACAUAAAAGAAUAUCAGGAAUAUAACAGUGAGUGAAAAAAGUAAGUCCCAGAAGAUACUGUGUAGUGUGAUGCCCUCUAUACAAAGCUUAAAACACAAGUAAAACAAAGGAAUAUAUUGUGUAGGCAUUCACACAGACAUACGAGAAACCUUUAACAAAAGGCAUGAAAAUGGAAACACCAAGGUUGGGAUAGUAGUUACCUCGGAGGGGCUGAUCUGGGAGACCAUGGAGGAAGAGCACAUAGGUAGGUAUAAAUUAUUAGUAAUUUUUUUUUUACCUUCUCUGAGUAGGAAUUUAGACCUCCUUUAAAUAUAUAUAUUUCUCUAAAUCAUCUUCAGAUUACUUUAUGUUUUCUGCCUUUAUCUUUGCUUAGAGGUAAUAAGAAGCCAAGUUUGUUACCUACAAUGUGGAGUUGUUCUUCCCUUUAUUGAUCCUCAAGUAACAAUAUCAACCUAUCAAAGACGGCUCCAGAAUACUCUUAGUAUUGCUAGAUUUGGUGAACCUUUGUUUGUUUGUUGACCUUAAAGUCAUGACUAGAUAUGUUUCACACAUUUUCCCCAGCCUUAAUCAGACCAGACAAGAUAGCUAAUUUUCUUCAGUACUGAAGCACCUUCAUUUAAUUUGACAUUUAUGUGCAAAGUAUUGUGCAAGGUGCUGGAAGAAAAAAUAAAGAUGAAUAUAACGUGAUCUCUGCCCUCACAGGAGCGUUCAAUUGAAGUUUAUGAGGAAAAUCUGGCCUCAUACAGAUUUGUUGUUGGAAAAGGGAGGAGCAUUUUAAGAGCCUUUUCAUAUAAUUAAGGAUAUUCUUUGAUGCUUCACAAAAACUCGACGAGGAGUGGUUUCUUAAAGAUGAGUUGCAAUAUGGAAUCUGAAACCAUAUCAAUAAACAUUUCUUACCCUGUUACAUUAAAAUCCAUUGGUCCUUCCUGUACUUUAAAUGAAUCUUUUACCCAUGCAUUUGAAAAUAUUAGUUCACAAAGUUAUGUGGAUCUUUCAAACGUUGAUACCAUUUCAUUAUAUACAGUAUUUUAAAAAUCACAUUUAAUAUCAUUGCCAAUAUCAUCAGAAAAGUCUUUAAUUACUGGGAAGCUGUCAAGCUCAUGAUGAUGAAUACAAAUUGUCCAAAAUUCUAAUUUUCAUUUGAAAGCUUGAAUUUUAUCAUUGGCAAUAAUUACCGUCAGAUAUUUUCCUUGAAGUGACAGCAUCACUUUGUUCACUUUUGAGAAAAUGUCUGCGGAAUACCCAAGUCUGAAUGACCAUAGUUUUCCAGUCAUUCUUUCAAUUAAAAGUGACAUUCCGUGAAAAGAGCAGCUAGUUCUGCUCAGAACUCAAACAGUUGCACAACAGCUUUCCCCAAAG